CGAUGGUCGGGGGCCGGCCCGGGACCGGCUGCUGCGGGAACGACAACGGUGGAGCCCGGCCGUGAUGAAAUCUGCCAAGAUGCAGAAGAGGGCCGAUUGGUGGGUCCUGUCGUCGGUGCUGAUAAUCUAUCUGGGACACCCUCAGGAGACGCGAGCGUGUCCUCACCAGUGCACCUGCUACAUCCCUACUGAAGUUCACUGCACGUUUCGAUCUUUAGCCUCGGUGCCGGCGACGAUCUCCAAGCACGUGGAAAGAAUCAACUUGGGGUUUAAUAGCAUCCAGUCCAUCUCAGAGAACUCCUUUGCCGGCCUCACUAAAUUGGAGCUUCUCAUGAUCCACGGGAAUAACAUCCCGAGCAUACCGAACGGGGCCUUAAAAGAUCUAAUCUCCCUCCAGGUCUUCAAGUUCAGCUACAACCAGCUCCAAGUUAUCACGGGGGAGACGUUUCGGGGGCUCGCCAGCCUGAUGAGGCUGCACCUUGACCACAACAAGAUUGAAUUCAUCCACCCGCGGGCCUUCGGCGGCUUGACGUCUCUGCGGCUGCUGCACCUGGAGGGGAACCGGCUCCGGCAGCUGCACCCCGGCACCUUCUCCACGUUUUCCCUCCUGGGCCAUUUCCGACUCUCGACCGUCCGGCACCUGUACCUCUCGGACAACGCCAUCCGGACGCUGCCCGCGGGGCUGUUCUACGGCAUGCCCCUCCUGGAGAACGUGUACCUCCACGGCAACCCGUGGGCCUGCGACUGCCGCCUUAAGUGGCUCCUCCAGUGGGACGCGGCCUUCGGAGGGGUUUUGAAAUGCAAAAAGGACAAAGCCUAUGAGGGAGGCCAGCUCUGCUCCCUAUGUUCCAGUCCCAAGCAGCUGCACAAACAGGAGAUUCAAACUUUGAAAGACCUCACGUGCGUUAAGCCUCUCAUACAAUCCCCCCUGAAGCUGAACAGCAGCAGCAGCAGCAGCAGGGAACAGGAGGAGGAGGAGGAGGAAGAGGAGGAGGAGGAGGGAGAGGAGGAGGAGGACGACGGCAACAGUUGGCUCUCUGCGGACGCGUUUCAGUCCUCUCCGUGGAACGUCACCCUCAAUAUGACGGAUGAACACGGGAAUAAGGCGGACCUGACCUGUGCUAUCAAAAAGCCGGUGAACCUGUCCCAAGUCCACUGGAACCAGAGCGAUCCGUAUGAAAUCGACAUCAACGCGACCAUCGCCCUGGAUUUCGAAUGCCCGAUGAACAGGGAAAACUAUGAGAAGCUGUGGAAGCUCAUCGCGUAUUACAGCGAGGUCCCGGUCAAACUGCGACAAGAGCAGACGCUCGGCCAAAACCCCUCCAGCGGCUACCGCUACCGGCAAGACGCGGAUCACGAUGCCCUCUACUACACGGGGGUCAGAGCUCGCGUGGUCGCCAGGCCCGACUGGGUGAUGCAACCGUCCGUUGACCUGCGGUUCAACCGGCUCCGGAGCAUGGCGGAGAAGGUUCUGCUCUCCUUCUCCACCCGGUUUUCCCAGAUCGUCUCCACCAAAGACGUCGGCGGGCGGGGCAGCGGGAGCUGGGUGAUGAUCGAGCAAGACGAAAGCGCGGCUGGAGCUCGGGCGGUGCUGGCGGGCUCCGAAUUCGAGCUGAGGUGCCACGUGAGGGCUUCCGAGAGCCCGGAGAUCCUCUGGGUCCUUCCAGACGGCUCCGCCUGGAGAGCCCCGUCCGAAGGUCGGGACGGCAGGUUUUCGGUCCGCGAAGAUGGUCGUCUCGUCCUGAGAGCCGCGGGCUACCCGGAUUCCGGCCCGUACCGGUGCGUGGCCCGCGUAAGGGACGAGACCGACAGCGUGGCCUAUCGGGUCUCCGUCCAGCCUCCGGAGGUCGGGCCGGGAGGCGGCGAGGUGUUCGCCAUUGAAAAACGCGCCGGGGAGCCCAUCACGCUGCCCUGUGGAGCUCUGGCCAUCCCCGAAGCCCAGCUCAGCUGGAUCCUCCCCAGCAAAGAGGUGCUCAGUGACUCCUCCAACUCCUCGCGUGGCUUCCUUUUGGGAAACGGAACUCUACUCAUCCCCAGCGGCCAAGUCACCGAUACCGGGUACUACCGAUGCGUGGCCGUCAAUCGGCAGGGGAUGGACCGUUUCACGGUGAAGGUGACGGUGAGGAGGAAAGGACGCCACAGGCCGGCCAACGGAGGCAAACCGAAGAAGCAUUCGGGUCCCCAGACGUCCCCCCGGACGAGGGCGGACGUUAUCGACGACGAGGGGGGGUCCGGGGCCGGAGACGGGGGGGAUCCGUCCGAGGGACCCUCGGAUCGAGAGGCCCCGGGGGGGGCCGCUGCGCGGAGAAACGAUGACGAGCCGGGGUCGCCGGCGAAGAAGAACCAGAAAGGUCGGAGGAAGAUGAAAUUCUGGAAGGGCGUGGAAAGAGCCCCAGAGAGCAACGUGGCAGAGGGCAGAAGGGGGUUUGAAUCUCGGCGAAGGAUCAAUAUGGCGAACAAGCAAAUCAAUCCGCAGCACUGGGCCGACAUUUUGGCUAAGGUGCGUGGGCGGAACCUUCCUAGGGGCACCGGAGGACCCCUCGUCUCCUCCCCGGUCCCGACGACGACAGCGCCGACGGCGAGACAGAAAGUCACGCCGCCCCUUCCCGUGCCGAGCCCCCCAGUGAAACCUGACGCAGGGAUGACCCCGCCGCCGGAGGAGGCCUCCUCAGACGCCUCCUUCCUCGGCGAAGAUGAGCUGGUCUCCCCCGUAGGUCCUCUGGCCGAGAGCGAAGAUGAUCAAAGACGCUUCCGAACCCCCGGAUCCGAACUGAAGCCCAUCAGCCCGGAAACGCACGAGCCCGUCCGUUUCCCGUUUCCGGGAGAGUCCGAGGGCGCCUACGCUACGGAUGCUCCUUCUCUCAGGACAGAACCUAUGGGGACGACUCCUCCCACAUCCGGAGCAUGCCACACGGCAACCUCCCCCCGCGGGCCAUACGCUGAGGAAGCGAGGACGGGGAGCUCCUCCGCGGGAGACGACGGAGGUCGGGCAAGCCCGGCUCUUCCUGAAGAGCUGCCGUUGGAUUCCAGUGGCCUGGCAGAGACCGAGACUUUCACGUACUUCAACCCUGCAGCCGCGACUGAUUCCCGGCCUGACGGAGGGGCCGGCGCCCAUUCUGGCACCUCGCCUUUCCCUCCAGCCGACCUCGUUCCGGUCGGCAAUGACGACUUCAGGACUCCUCACCCCAGUUGGGUUUUCUCUUCAGCUCCGCCAUUUGAAGACUCGGUCCCCGGAGAGGACCGCGUCUCAGGGUCUCCAAACCCGCAGAUCCCCCCAUACCGCCUCAAAAUUACUGAAAGUUGGGUCACCUCUCCCCCCCAUCUGUCAGUUGACCAGAACACGGACGGGGGGCUUCCGAUGGGAUGGGAGGACGGGACCUCAGAAACAGAAUCCUCGAGCGGGAAAAGGAGGCACGAUUUGGAAGCCGUCACCGUAACGGGGUUUCCGCUCCGCCCGACAAAUGCAAAUCCCGUCGCUUCCCUGAAAGGUCCCGACUCAAUCCCGCCUACCGUCUCGAAGGACGGACGGAGCACUCCGGAGCCGACGGCGAUGCCCGACGGGGAGUUGACGACGCCUAGCUCUUCAGUUACCCAGCAUCUGCGAAGGAGGCCCCACGGGAGGAGACGGUUGAGACCCAACAGGCUUCGUCAGGGGCGAAAACGUGUCCGGCCCACAGCCUUGGCCCCGGCAGUUACGGCUUCUAGUCCGACGUGGUCGACGAUUCUCAAAGGGGUAGCUAAUGCGCCCACUUCGGCUUCUGUGUUCUGGGACAGAACCAGCGUUCCAGAUAUGUUGGCCAAGGGUGGAGAUUUAGCAGCAGCAGUGACCAAAUCAGCUUCCCGUAGGAGGGGAAAGAAAAGGCCAUCCAAAAAUAAAGGGGCAAGAACUACUUUGCUACCGAGGACUUUUGAAACUCGGCCAAGUGCUCCAGCCGAAACUACACCUGGACCUCUGUCUACUAGCCCCGCUGCCGUGCUGCCAUCUCCCGUCACGGUUCCUCUCCAAGCUGUGGACCCGCCUGAGGGAAUGAAUCGUAAAGGACGGCCAACCGCUACCUCAGAACGCCUUCCAUCCCAAGAGCCUAGCUGGGAAACACCGUUUAGUGUUUCGGAAGAAGAGGAGGUGAAGAGGCCCGAUGCGACCGCCGACGUCGACGACUUCCAAACGGCCACUUUGGUCCCCGGUAUAUUUUUUGACAGCGUCGGGACGCCUUCCAGCUCUGAGAAUUUGCCAGUUUCCGAGUCUGAGGAGGAAUCCCUUCCAGGUUCUCCGACUCCAACCAGCUGGGCCUCGCCGUCAUCAAUGUCAUCACCACCGAUAUCUUCAUCAUCAUCAUCGGCAGCAUCUGCACCAUUAUCAUCGUCAACAUCCGUUACGCCACAGGUGACUCCAUCGAUUUCCUCCUCAGUCCUGCUUUCUGGUGUGCCAGUGGGCGACUCUGGGAAAAUGGCUAAAGAAACGCCAGUUUUCCGAGUAUUACCUCCAACCGAUUUGCCUACUAAAGCUGACCCAACACCCACCGCCUCUGAACCAUCUCGGCGCAAUGAAAGGCCCACCGUAUUCACUCCCUACGGCAACACACGACAUCAAUCUACGGGGAAGGUGACGACCGAUGCACCGGAGGUUUCUUCGAGACAAGAUUUCAAGAAAACCACAUUGGCCGCAGAGGACGAACGGAAUAGAUCCUCUCAGGAUUUUCACGGCCCUCCUACCUCUACGCACGCAAAGCUUGAAAAGUCAGUACCUCCAAUCUCACCCACCGUCGUAAAGCCUUUCGCUAAGCCCGUCACGACCCCAUCGAUGGUUUUUUCAAGUACCGUGAGCUCCUCUACUCGGCCGGCGACGAAGGAGUCCAAAGAAAAUACUAUAUUUAACCACGUUGGGACCCCAGAAAACGAAAACUCUGAAGCCGACGGCGAGGAGGCCACGUUUGUUUUGAAGCCAAAUGGAGCUCCCACUUCUUCUUCCAACCAGAACGUAAUUAACGUCCCUCCCAAACAAGAACGGUUUCAGGAGGUUCCCGGGAAGGGGUCGAACAACAGCUUAUCGCGGGCUCCAAAUUCUCACCCUCACCUCGGAGUCGUUCCCUUCUUCCAUCAGCGCCCGGCUUUGCCUCCUCCGAAAUCCAUCCCAUCAAGGGUCGCCACCACGUCACCUUCCCCGACCGCACGAGGUUCAUUCCUCCAUCGCGUUACUUCCCAGCCUCCUCUUCGCUUUACCAACAAACCCAGCAUAACGGCAUACCUGUCCCGGGCUGGAGCGGAGGGAAAAACGCCCAUUCCUCCGACAAUAACUAUUACUACUACUACCACUUCUGCUACUACUACUACGGCGCUUCCGACAUCCAGGCCCAAACCGGUCUUUCCCAGUCGAUUUGGUCAUCCGGGGCAGAACCGUUUCCACGGCAACCCAAACGCUUUGGCCAACAACCACCUUCCCGAUCCCACGGAGUCAGCCAGAAGGAUGCCCAGCGCGGGAAUCCCCUAUUACGCCGGGGGCCGUUUCCCUUUCUUGUUUAAUCAAAACAGGACCUUCGCCCGACCUGGGGUCCCCUCCAAACCCCAGGCCCCCACCAUCCUCCCCCUAGUGAAUAAAAGGGAGAGGAAGGUGACGCCAGGACCCUUCCACCGAAAGGCCACUCAGCAGACCCUACCCGAGGUCCCGAGCGGACCCCCGCCCCCGACGACCCCACCGCCGACUCCCACCCCCUCGCCCGCAUCCGGUCUGAAGACCGCUUCUCCGACUUACCGUUUCCCAAACCUCAUCCCCCAGACGACGCCCACCGUCCCCUCAUCCAGGCGCGGCCACUCCGGGAAUUUUAAACUCCCAUUUGGGCCCAGUACCUUCGGCGGAGGUCAACCUGCAAGUAAUUUCUGGCCCCUUGGAGAGAAGCCCCACAUCAUAACCAAAUCUGCUCCGACGUUAUCCGUCCUGGCGGAGACGGAUGUGGUUCUCCCGUGUGAGGCGACGGGAGAACCCAAGCCUUUCGUCACGUGGACCCAGAUUUCCACAGGAGCCCUGAUGACCCCCAACACGAAGACCCACCGCUUCGAAGUCUUGAAAAACGGCACCUUCGUCAUCCGAAAGGCUCAGCCCCAGGACGGCGGGCGCUACCUGUGCACGGCGAGCAACCUGCACGGGCUGGACAAGAUGGCAGUGGCGCUGUCGGUCGGCGCCCGGCCGCCCAAGGUGACCGCCGCCCACUCCCGGGACGUCACGGUCUACCUGGGGGACACCAUCAACAUGGAGUGCCUGGCCGACGGGGUCCCCCCGCCGCACAUCUCCUGGAUCUUCCCUGACCGGAAGGUCUGGCAGACGGUUUCCGCGGCCGAGGCGCGGAUCACGCUCCACCAGAACCGGACCCUGUCCAUCAAGGAGGCCGCCUUCUCCGACCGGGGAGUGUACAAGUGCGUGGCGGGCAACGCGGCCGGGACGGACAGCCUGGCCGUCCGCCUGCACGUGGCCGCCCUGCCUCCCAUCAUCCAGCAGGAGAAGCGGGAGAACAUCUCCCUGCCCCCCGGGUUCGGCGUCAACAUCCACUGCUCGGCCAAGGCCGCCCCUCCCGCCGCCGUCCGCUGGCGGCUCCUCGACGGGACCCAGAUCCGGCCUUCCCAGUUCGCCAACGGGAACGUGUUCGUCUUCCCCAACGGGACUCUCUACCUGCGCCACGUGGCCCCCGAGGACAGCGGGACCUACGAGUGCCUGGCGGCCAACUCCGUGGGGGUCGCCCGGAGGACCGUCCGCCUCUCGGUCCGCCGGGGCGGGGCCGGGGCCAAGAUCACCCGGACCUCCCCCCGCCAGACGGACGUCACGUACGGGGGCACCCUGCGCCUCGACUGUUCCGCUGCGGGGGACCCCCUGCCGAGGAUCUCGUGGCGGCUGCCUUCCAAGAGGACCGUCGGCUCGCUCUUCAGUUUCGAGACCAGAAGCAGGGUGCUGGCGAACGGCAGCCUCCUGGUGCAGUCGGUCACGGACGGAGACGCGGGCGACUACCUGUGCGUCGCCCGCAACCAGCUCGGGGACGACUCGGCGGCGCUGAGGGUCGACGUGGCCAUGAGGCCGGCCAAGAUCGAACGCGGGGCCGAGCCCGACCGCAGGGUCGCGUUCGGGGGGGCCCUGACGGUGGACUGCGUGGCCUCCGGCCUGCCGGACCCCGACAUCUCCUGGAGCCUGCCGGACGGCAGCACGGUCAGCGCCCUGAUGCAGUCGGACGACGGCGGCGGCGGGGCCAGGCGCUACGAGCUCUUCCACAACGGGACCCUCUACUUUCACGACGUGGGCCUGGGGGAGCAGGGCGACUACACCUGCCUGGCGGAGAACCCCGUGGGGCGAGACGAGAUGCGGGUCCGGGUGCGGGUUCUGGCCCAGCCGGCCGCCAUCAGGAACAAGGGCGACUCGGUGGCGGACGUGCUGUACGGGGAGGCCGUGAGCGUGGCCUGCGAGUCCCGAGGGGAGCCCGCCCCGACGGUCACCUGGCUGUCCCCGGCCAACCUGCCCAUCCCGCCGGCCUCGGCCAAGUACCGGGUGUCCCGGGACGGCACCCUGCUCAUCCGGGAGGCCCGGCGCUCCGACGGCGGGAACUACACCUGCGUGGUGCGCAACGGGGCCGGCGAGGACCGCAAGGUGGUCCGGGUGCGCGUCAGCGUCCGGCGGCCCCGCAUCAACGGCAGCCCCGCCGCCGUGACCGCCGUCCGCGAGCUCGCCGCCCGGGGGGGCCGCAAGCUGAUCGACUGCCGGGCCGAGGGGGUCCCGCCCCCCCGCGUCCUGUGGGCCUUCCCCCAGGGGGUGGUCCUGCCCGCCCCCUACUACGGCCGGCGGGUCACUGUGCAUCGCAACGGCACCCUGGACGUCCGGGACCUGCGGGAGAGCGACUCGGUGCGGCUGGUGUGCAUCGGGCGCAACGAGGGCGGGGAGGCCCGCCUGGUGGUCCAGCUGACCGUCCUGGACCCCCAGGGCGGGCCCGUCUUCCGCGACCCCGUGGACGAGGAGAUCACGGCCGCGGCGGGCCACACCAUCAACCUCAACUGCUCCGCCGAGGGCCGCCCGGAGCCCACGGUCCUCUGGGUCCUCCCCGACGGGAGCGAGGUGCCCGGGGGCCGCCGCCUGGGCCGCUUCUUCCACAAGGAGGACGGGGUGCUGCACAUCAGCGCCCUGGCGCCGGCCGACGCGGGGCCCUACCGCUGCCUGGCCCGCAACCCGGCCGGCUCCGCCCAGCGCCGGGUCACGCUCGGGGUGGGCCCCGGCCCCGCCCGCCCCGUCAGCGUCCCCGGCGGGGAGACCCUGCUCCUCCACUGCGGCCCCCCGGGGGGCCGGCCCGUGGGGGUCUCCUGGACGCUGCCCGGCGGCCGGCUGCUGGACCGGCCCCAGACGGCGGGCCGCUUCACCCUCUUCGGCAACGGCUCCCUCAGCGUGCGCGAGGCCUCGGGGGAGGACCGCGGCACCUAUCUGUGCCGGGCCGCCGCCGUGGACCGCGGCCCGGCGCUGACCAGCGUCCCCGUGGCCGUGACGCCCUCCCCGGCCCCCCGGGUGGUCCGCUCGCGGGCGGGGAGCAGCGUGCGGCUGGACUGCGCGGCCGCGGGGGGCCCCGGGGCCGAGGUCGCCUGGCGGCUCCCCGACGGCUCGCCCCUGAGCGCGGGGCCCCGGGCCCGCCUCUACGGGAACAAGCUCCUCCACCCUCAGGGCGCGCUGCUCAUCCAGCGGGUCACCCCCGGGGACGCGGGCUUCUACGGCUGCACCGCCAGAAACCAGCUGGGGAGCCGCUCCCAAACCACCUACCUUCACGUCCUCUGAGGCCCCCGCGACCGAACGGACCGGUCCCUGGGGACCGCCGGGGCCGGAGGGACGGCCGAGGCGCGCGGGAGAGGAAGGCACGAGGAGAGCCGGCCUCGCCGGGAGGUGGCCGAGGCGCUUGGGAGGAGAGGCCGCAAAGGAUGACGGCGGGUGGGAACGGGUUCCCGACGACCCCCGGAAAAAGAAAUCCAGACACGUGGGGGAGUCAUCCCACCGCUCCCGGGAUUCCCCUUCCUGUUUACGGGACGCAG